CUAACGAAGCAACAACAUAGUUAGAUGAUGUACUCAGAUGUGAAAAUCCCAUCUGCUUCUUGCUUUGACCUUUCUUUCUGUGAAUUGAGUAUACACCUGGUGCUGGAUGUAACACAACUCUAAAAAUACUUGCGAUAUCCGUGUUUCACUUCUAAACGUAUCUGGGUCCUGAUUACCCUUUUGCAUUGCAAUCUGAUCAGCAGCAUAUAAUUUACAGUCCAUGCUACCUACCAUGACAACUCAUGAGGCCUCCUCUUCAUCCUCAAAACGCUGGACUUAUGAUGUGUUCUUGAGCUUUAACGGUGAUGACACUCGCAAAUCCUUCACUGGCCAUCUCUACGCGAGAUUAAAAGAGGCUGGAGUAAACACCUUUAUUGAUGACUGCUACGAGCUAAGAAGAGGGGAGAAAAUAAAAGAAAAACUGGUUCAAGCAAUCGAAGGGUCUAAGAUCUCGGUGAUUGUUUUCUCAAGGAGGUAUGCCGCUUCCAGUUGGUGUCUUGAGGAGCUGGUGGAGAUACUUGGGUGUCGAAAAAGGAGUGGCCAAAUGGUUAUGCCAAUAUUUUUUGAUGUUGAUCCUACAGAUGUUAGGAACCACACUGGUUCUUUUGGCGAGGCCUUUUAUCACAAGCAUCAGGAUAUAGAUAAAGAUAAGCUACAGGGGUGGAAAGGUGCUCUUACAGAGGCUGCAAAUUUGUCUGGCUGGGAUCUCAGGAACACUGCCAAUGGGCAUGAAGCAACUUUCAUUCAGAAAGUUGUUGAACAGAUUACCAGAGAGCUUCCCAGCACAUAUUUAUUAUCCAUAGCCCAACAUCCAGUUGGAGUAAACUCUCGUUUGCAUGAUUUGAUUUCUUGUUUGCAUUUUGAAGCAAGAGAUGAUGUUCGCAUUAGCGGAAUAUUAGGGAUGGGUGGCAUAGGUAAAACAACACUUGCCAAAGCCAUAGGUAACAAAUUUUAUCGGGACUUUCAAGGGAAAGUUAGUUUCCUUGAAAAUGUGAGGGAAUCUACAAAGCAACUGAAUGGUCUGGUUGGUUUGCAAAAUCAACUUCUAGCUGAUAUCUUGAAACCAACCAAGCUUGACGUUGGCAUUGUUGAUAGAGGGAAGGAAGUUAUAAAACAAAGACUUCAAUACAUGAGGGUGCUUAUCAUAAUUGACGAUGUUGAUGAUGAGGAUCAACUUAAUGCAUUAGCUGGAAACUGUGAUUGGUUUGGUCCAGGAAGUAGAAUUAUUAUAACAACAAGAAAUGUGCAUUUGCUAAAAGGAGUUACCAAGGAUUCAAUAUAUCGGGUUCGACCAAUGCACAAAGUUGAAUCUCUUCAGCUCUUUUGCUGGCAUGCCUUCCGUGAUAGUAGUUAUCCUAAGGAAGGUUAUCUUGAACUCUCAGAAAGGGCAGUUUCUUAUUGUGCAGGGUUGCCGCUUGCUCUUAAAGUUAUAGGUUCUUUUCUAUUCGGUAAAGACACUCAUGACUGGGAGGCGCAUUUGAAAAAAUUAAAAAGAAUUCCUGACGACCAAAUUGUGCAAAAGCUCAGAUUGUGCUAUGAUGGGCUAAGUGAAAGGCAUCGAGAGAAGGACAUAUUUCUUGACAUAGCUUGUUUCUUUAUUGGAAUGGACAAGAAUUAUGUCACAAAAAUACUGGAUGGAUGUGACUUCUUUGCAGGUAUAGGAAUCAGAGUCCUCCUUGAUCGGUGCCUUGUAACUCUUAGUACACUGAACAAGCUGACGAUGCAUGAUUUGCUUCAAGACAUGGGCAGAGAGAUUGUCUGUGAAAAGUAUCGGGAUGAGCCUGAAAAACGCAGUAGAUUAUGGCAUCCCAAAGAUGUAGAAGAAGUCUUGACAGAAACCUCAGCUACUGAAGAAAUUGAAGGAUUAAGUACUCUAAACUUUUUAAAACCUGAAGUGAGGAGUUUCAGUACAGAGGCCUUUAUAAAAAUGAAAAGAUUGAGAUUACUUCGACUUAACCAUGUCAGUCUAACCGGAGACUACAAAUAUCUUUCCAAGAAAAAGCUAAUAUGGCUUUGCUGGCAUGGAUUCCCUCUAGUGGUUAUACCAAGAGAAUUUGAUCUACGAAGCCUAGUUGUUAUAGACCUACGCUAUAGCAAACUCACAGAUUUUUGGGGCGAUCCUCAGGUAUAA